UUGCUCCUGCGCCGCGAGGGCAACCAUGGUGAACGUACCGAAGACCCGCAGGACCUACUGCAAGAAAUGCAAGAAGCACCAGCCACAUAAAGUGACCCAGUACAAGAAGGGCAAAGACUCUCUGUACGCACAGGGAAAGAGGCGUUACGACAGAAAGCAGAGUGGUUAUGGAGGACAGACGAAGCCUAUUUUCAGGAAAAAGGCUAAAACCACAAAGAAGAUCGUGCUGAGGCUGGAGUGCGUGGAGCCCAACUGCCGCUCAAAGAGGAUGUUGGCCAUUAAGAGAUGCAAACACUUUGAGUUGGGUGGAGACAAGAAGAGAAAGGGCCAGGUCAUCCAGUUCUGAGCUGGGCCAAAUGCUUCUGUUGUGGUUUACCAUCACUGUCAGUAAAACGUUGUAUACAAUUA